AACGGGGGACACCUUAAUUCGGAAGACAAAGAAGUCCGUACCUCGCUGUCACAUCCGGUUGAAGUCUCUUCGGUUUAGUUGUCCAGGGAACCCGCCAAGUGCGUUCGCCGUUUAGCUUAUAACACUUAGCAGCACCUGGAGCUGUAUCUAUUAGUUUAAUCGCUAUUAGCUUAGCGGAACAGAUGACAUGCUAGGCGUUGCUUGUUUUUGAUAGCGAGCACAAGAAGAUAACGUCCUUGAGGUUAUUAAAGUGUUUAACAGAAGUUCGACAUGACCCAACAAGCGGCUGCUCUACAGACGUACAACAAUGAACUUGUCAAAUGUAUCGAGGAGCUGUGCUCAAAGCGUGAUGAGCUGAACCGUCAAAUCAAGCAGGAGGAGGAGGAGAAGGAAAGACUGCAGCAUGACAUUCGCAUCCUAUCUGAAAAGCUGAGCAGGGUCAAUGAAAGCCUCGCUCAAAGACUCGCUGCUCGUGCCACCUUUGAUCGCACCAUCGCUGAGACAGAGGCAGCAUACACCAAGAUCCUGGAGAGUUCUCAGUCUCUUCUGAACAUCCUGAAGCAGGAAGCAGGAAACCUUAGUAAAGCCACUGAACCCUGCAGGAAGGAGCACUGAUGUGAAAGUUUUCUUGUCAUAACGUUAGCACACUCGACUGGGCACUUUUUACACGUUAUACUCUGGAGUAUUUGUAAUAUAUGUUUUUUUUGUAUAUUCAUUAUUACAAUAAAUGUUUGUUACUACUCCUAUAACAAUUUCAACAAACCAGAUAAUAUGUAUGCUUGUGUUGUGUGCAGACACCACCUUGUUUUGUUAACUGUAAGGAAUAUUUGCUAGGACAGAAAUGACAUGUUUAGUAUUUACAUCUCCAAGUUUUCUAUUUAUUGAGCUUUCAUUUGUACAAGUAUGACAUCACUUUGCUUUUUUCACCAGUCAUUAACAAUAACUUUACAGUUAGCACAUCUCCUGCAAUGUAGACUUACAGAUGUGGGGGAACAUAACAAAGUGGCUACCACAGUCUCACUACAGCAUGACCAAAGUAAGCUGCUCAUUUAGCAACAGGAGGAGAUGGUUAGGAAAACAUAGACAGGCUGUGCCUCCCACCCACAUGCACAUGUCGCUCAGUCCCAGUAAUGGCCAUUAGUAAAGUUCUUGCUGGUGUCAGUUAAGACAAUCAGUGAAGUUUUUCCACAUUUCACUCUGCCUCUUUGGACCUUCAGUUCCAAGAAAGAGACUGAACAAUUCCUUUAGAGAGUAGACCACCUUGUUUUUUUUAAGAUAGCAGUUACCACAGAUCCACAGACAUGACCAUCACAGCUGCAGCAGGUCCAAGAGGGGCUUUCUACUAACCAAAAUCACCUCAAAGAACCUUUUAUAGUUUGAGUUAAAGUUCUUUACACAAACAUGCAUUAUCUGUCACUGUAAACAUAGUCUGACUUAAUUGUUUUUAUGAUUUUAAGUGUGAUGACUUAUUUAAAUAUAGCCACUAUACUUAAUGUUCUCUGUGUUUUAGAAAUAGUAGAUUUUUAUAUGACUUUAAAUGAGAAUUGGAAACAACUUGAGAAUACAGUCAAACAUCUAGAACAGGUCCUGGAGAGCUACUGUCCUGCUGGCUUUCCAACUCUGCUGAUUACCUUGAUCAGGUGUGUCAGUCAGCUGCUGAUUGGAUAAACACACCUGGUGAAGGUAUUCAGUAUUAGCUGGGACAGGAAGAGUUGGAAAACCAACAGGACAGUAGCUCUUGAGGACCAGGAUUGGGCACCCCCGGUCCGGAACAUAGAAAUUGGAUUAACACCUUCAUUGUGGCCCUGUCUGGAAAGCUGCACUUGGUCUACUGUUUGUUCUGACAAUCAGCUCAAAAAGUGGUCUUUGCAUUCAUUGGCAGUGCAUUCAUGUACAUUUAAAGAGUUCUAUUUCAAAACCUUCAAUUUAUUUUGAUAAAAAAGAAAAACUAAGUCUGAGAAAUGUUUCUCUGCCAACCAGGGUCUCACAGUUCUUUCUCAACUACUGUAUCUGCCACAGAGCCAGUGGUUGUACAGCAACAGUAGUUAUUGUUUUAAAACAAACUCUUCCAACAGACUUUAUUUUCUUUUAAGUGCACAUUUCAUUUUUUCAUUCUCAUGAGGUGCAAAACAAAGCUAAAAGCAUGACAGUGCAAAAACAUUUAACAUCCAGACAAAGCGAAUAAUUCCUAAGUUCGUUAAACAAUGUUGUCGGAGCAAACUCAAGCUUGAGCAAUAUUCAUCUGAUUGUAGGAAAAAAAAAAGACAGUAAGAAACAAAUGUACUUAUGAAAAUAUGGAAACUGUACAAUAAUACUGGCCAUGGGGGUCUGUCUUGGGUGAGGAAGUGAGGCUCUUCCUGCAUCACCUGAAUCAGUUGGCAUUAUGAGCAAAUAAAAAAUUAUCUGAAAA